AAUCUCCCCUUUAUGACAGCAUUUUUAACCACUAGGCUAUCAUUAUUAUUUUGAUCAGUCAGAAUUUCAUUGUUAGGAAUACAAGGCCUGCUAGGUUAAUUUUCUCUGUUUUGUUUUUUUGGGUCCCCCCCAUGGGUGAAACCAAAGGAGACACCAAACCACCCAAGCAGCCUCGACCUCAGCAUUCUUCUCCUAAAGAUCUGGCAGAGGAAUCAUCGGAAUCAAGGCAGCAGCAGCUCCACCACCAGCAACCACCGCCUGUGGUUGUCACGCCACCUCCUUUCAUCUCUGCGCCAUUAUAUGUUCCAAUAGCUGAAAUUCAACCACAGUUUGAGACGGUGGAUCCCAAGAGACCCAGAUAUAAUAGUGGCCAAUGGAAAUUGCUACCUUCUCCUUCCAUCCAAGCUCAUACCCAGACAUCGGAAUCAACCCCUUCUCCCACCGCAAACCCAGGGAAUCCCCAAACCCAAGCUCACACCUCCGCCGCCGUUUCAUCCUCGGAUACAGCCUCUUCUCCGCCUCUCUCUCCUCUCCCAUCAACCCAAGAAGCCAACAAGCCAGAAGGAGAGCAAUAUCACCACCACCAAAUCAGGAAGGGGAAAUAUGUGAGCCCUGUUUGGAAACCAAACGAAAUGCUAUGGUUAGCCAGGGCUUGGAGGAUCCAGUACCAAGGUGGGUCUGAUGGGUCUGGCCAGUCCCCCCACCUCGCCGGAACUGAUGUCACCGUUCAAUCAACCAGAGGCAAAACUAGAGCUGAUAAAGACAGAGAAGUAGCAGAGUUUUUGAACCAACAUGGCGUGAACAGAGAUGCCAAAACUGCCGGUACCAAAUGGGAUAACAUGUUGGGGGAGUUCAGGAAGGUGUAUGAAUGGGAGAGAGGAGGGGAAAGAGAGCCAAUUGGAAAAAGUUACUUCCGACUCUCUCCAUAUGAGAGAAAGCUAUACAGAUUACCUGCUUCUUUUGACGAGGAAGUGUUUGAGGAAUUGUCUCAGUUUAUGGGACCUCGCGUGAGGACUUCCCAAAACAGAGCAACUUCCUCAAUUGUUCCUGCAGGUGACGAUAAUAGACCCAUUUUUCUUUCGAGCUCAAGAGCUUUAGCCCCUCCCCCUCCUCUCAAACCAGAUGACUUUCCUCUUUCAGGGAGGAGUAAACACAAUAUAAUUUCGAGCGGAGGUGAUGCAUUCUUUCAUGGGAAUCGAGGGAGUUUACUAGGGUUUGAGUCUUCACUAGAGCACGGAGUUGGAGUUGGGGUUCCUUCUUCAUCUUCUAAGGAGCUUAGGAGAAUUGGCAAGAUCAGAAUGACAUGGGAGGAAUCCGUGAAUUUAUGGGCGGAAGAAGGGGAGCACCAUAGAGGGAGAAUCCGGAUUCAAGGUACAAGCUUUUUGAAUGCAGACGAGCUCACAUUCUUCGACGAUACCAUGGUUGCUUGCACCAUGGAAGCCUUUGAAGAUGGCCCUCUUAGAGGUUUCUCAGUUGAUAGGUUCCUUAAUGGACAACAAGUCAAAGUCUUUGGUAGAAGGAAGCCUUCAUCUUCAGGACUCAUUGAAAGAUCUCUCCGUCCAUUGACAGAACCCUCCAUAAAAUCGGUGCCGCCGCCAACGCCGUUGGAAUUUCAAGAUCCAACCGACAACUACAUUGAGUGUUUACGAGCGCCGCCACCGACACUACCCAGCCUGCUCGAACUGUCAUGGCACAUACAAGAGCCACCGCCGGAGGAGUACCGAUUUCCACUCCGAAAAGACGUGUACAGAGAUUUGCCUCCAGGGAAAGAGAUCUUUUUUAAUCCUAGUGAGCUUUUGGAUUCAAGAGCCUUCGUAUAUGACAUUCUAUCCCCAGUUAUCCGAACAAACCCUAGUCUGACUGCCGCUACAGCUUCCAGCAGGGACUCUUUUAUUAGCCUUUGGGACGAUUGCAUCAAUCGAAUCGUGUCCAAGUUUUGUCCAGUCGAAAUGGGUUUCAUCCGAAAGACAUCCACAUCCACCGAGCCGUUGCAGGAUCAGUGGCCGAACGUCACCGGAUUUGUUAAAAACUUCUGCUUGUGGAGAGGAGAAGAGGUUGAUCAAUUAGGGGAAGGUCAGCUCGAUCCUUCAUUUUCAAUCGUUGAAAAGCUUCUAUGGAGUUUCAAGGAUCUUCCAUACCUUUUAGGGUACUAUGCAGUUGGGUUCUUGGUUACAUUUUGUUCGUUAAGCCGGAUGCAGGAUCGGAUUAUCCGGACAGAUUUAUACACCGUUGAUCUUUCUUCUCCAUCGGAGAGAAUCAAAGCCCUAGUACCGUGUUGGAGAAUAUCAUGCCUUCUGCCGUUGUUAGCGGAUCAAUUAUGCAGUGGCAUCUACAAGCAGUUCCCUUUUAGUGAUUUCGAGAGAAUCGAUGUAGGAAACGGAAGCAUCAUAGAAAUGACGCCGAACACUGUGGUCAGAACAUUCUCCACCAAGAGGAAGUGGGUAGCCGUGAAGGAAACGCAUGAUAUACUUGAUCAUCGGGUUCCUCAUGCUGAAUUCAUUUUCCGGGCAUCAGAGAAGGAUAUCGCAUUGGUGUUUAAGCCGAGAGGGUGUAGGUUCAAACCGGCGAACAUCGACCAGCUUGUGGAGGCUCUCAUGUACGUGACAAAAGCAUUGGUGGCUCUCCAUGACUUAUCCUACAUGCACAGGGACCUGGGUUGGGACAAGGUGAUGAGGAGGAGCGACAGGGAGAACGAGUGGUUUGUUUGUGGGUUCGACGAGGCGGUGCCAGCACCUCAAUUACACCCACACGGAGUCACAGUAACGGAGGCGCGUGGGAGGCACGCGCCUGAGAUGGGGAGACCGUUGCAUGGGGUGAAAGUUGACGUGUGGGGUAUUGGGUACCUGCUAAAGACCUCUGGGCUAAGCAACAUGCCGAAGAUGCUUAGAGAGUUGCAAAAUAGGUGCUUGGAUCAGAACCCUGAACAAAGGCCAACAGCAGCCGAUUGCUACCACCAUUUGCUGCAGCUGCAGUCGUCCCUGCAGUCAGUUGCGUCUGCCGCCGCCUCCGUCGCACCCUUCUGAAGUGACAUAAUAUUACAUUAAUUAUUUAUUAGUCAGUCCUGGGGGUUUUGUAACUUUUGUUUUUGUAACGAUCAUGAUCAAAGUUGUGUGUGACGCGGAGGCAUCAGAUGCAGUGGGUUUGUGGUGGUGGCAGUUUUUGAUACCUUAAAAUUGAAUGUGAUUUGCUAUGAGAGAUUUUCCGAAUGGAAAGAGCAGCCGCCAGCUGCUGUUAGUUUGGCGGCUUCUCAGUUGGGAUGGUUAGUCUUUUCUAUAUCAAAUCAAAUCCAGAAUUUAAUUUCGAAUUUUAUAUAAGAAAAAAAAUUUGUACUCCAACCCAUUACAGUGUCGAUGCCAGUGGUUCUGUACAACAAAGCGUUGCCCUCGGC